UUCUGUUCGGUCGCUCGUCGUGAGCGUGAUGAGCGCAGCACCACCAUUGUUUAUUUAUUAUGACAUAUUUUGUACAAAGAAUGAUUUUGAAGAUUGUUGUGAUUUAAAUUAGCUCAAAUAGUGCCUAGAAAUGAGUCAUAUGUCACCAUUUCGCCUAAAUGUCCAAAACAUUGCAUCCGAGUUAUCAACAAGCAGUUCAAAUCCUAAAAAACGUCGAAAAAACGUGCAAACACCAAUUCAAACACCCACAAAUGUUCAGGAUCUACUGCCGCCCCCUUUAUCGGGCUAUGGUGACACGAUCGUCGCAUCAAAUCCGUUUGACGAUUGCCCAAGUAAUGUGAACUCAAUGAACGUGAGGAACAUGCCCCCCAUGGGCAUGGGCCCGAAUAUGUCCAUGGGGGUGAACAAUAUGAACAUGUGUAGACCGAUGGGCCCAGCAAUGCAAGGCCCUAUGGGACCUGGACCUAUCAAUAAUGGACCUCAAAUGAACGGCCCUAUGACCGCUGGCAUGAACAUGAGCAGCCCCAAUGGGCCCAUUGGACCCCCACACAACAACUUCAUGAUGUCACCCAUGAAUACCAUGUAUUCAAAACCCAUGCCUGGACCAAUGACGGGGAAUAUGGGAGGGCCGGGGCCUAUGAACGGCCCUAUCAAUAACGGCCCCAUGUCAGCUGCCAUGAAUAUGAGCAGUCCUAAUGGACCUAUAGUAGGGCCCCCACACAAUAACAAUUUUAUGAUGUCACCUAUGAAUACCAUGUAUUCAAAACCAAUGCCCGUCAGUGCUGGUAAAGUGUACCCAGCGGAUCAACCAAUGGUAUUUAAUUCGCAAAAUCCGAACGCCCCGCCUAUUUACCCCUGUGGGGUGUGUCACAAAGAAGUGCAUGACAAUGAUCAAGCAAUUUUGUGUGAGAGUGGUUGCAACUUUUGGUUUCAUAGGGGUUGUACUGGUUUAACAGAAGCAGCUUUCCAGUUACUGACAGCAGAAGUGUAUGCUGAAUGGGUUUGUGAUAAAUGUCUAUCAUCAAAAAAUAUACCUUUAGUUAAAUUUAAGCCAUAGUAAACUGUACCAAUACAAAAAAUUGUUACAUGUUAUUGUUAUGAUAAGACUGAAGACCGUAAAAAAAGUCACAUCACUCGUUUUAAGACAAUUCAUUUUUAGUAGAAUCUCAUUGUAUUUUAAUAUAUUGUACAUAGUUAGGUCGCCUUUUUUAUAAAUACGUGUAUAAAGCCUUUAGUAAACACGCCUACAAAUAGCUUAGGGUUAGUUGUCGUUUCAAUUAUUUAAGGAUAUAUAACUGUAUGUAUCAUAUACACAAACUGGACACAACACAUUAUCAUUCAUUAUAUUGACUAUUGUAAAUAGGAAUUAUGUUCCAUUAAUUUAAUUUAAAUGAAAAAUAUACAUGAUAUAAUAAGA